GUGAUGAGUCUAAGGGGCGGGAGGCAGCAGGUUAGGCAGUGAGAAGUUAGUGGCGCUGCUGGGACGGGGGGGGAAGAGACGCUUCUUCCUCCUGCUGCUCCUCACCUUCCCGGGAUCAGCCGCGGCCGUGGCCGCGAGUGACUCGGCGGCGUCUCGGGCUCCGCGUGAGAACCAUGCUGACGGACAGCGGGGGCGGCGGCACCUCCUUUGAGGAGGAUUUGGACUCGGUAGCUCCGCGAUCCGCCCCAGCUGGGGCCUCGGAGCCGCCUCCGCCGGGAGGGGUCGGGCUGGGAAUCCGCACCGUGAGGCUCUUUGGGGAGGCUGGGCCCGCGCCGGGAGUCGGUGGUGGCGGUGGCGGCGGCGGCGGCAGCGCGGGCGGAGGGGACGCAGCGCUGGAUUUCAAGUUGGCGGAUGCUGUGCUGAGGACUGGCGGCGGAGGUGGUGCCUCUGGGAGCGACGAGGACGAGGUGUCCGAGGUAGAAUCAUUUAUUUUGGACCAAGAAGAUUUGGAUAACCCAGUCCUUAAAACAUCAGAGAUAUUCUUAUCAAGUACAGCAGAAGGAGCAGAUUUGCGCACAGUGGAUCCAGAGACCCAAGCGAGACUCGAAGCAUUGCUAGAAGCAGCAGGAAUUGGCAAAUUGUCAACUGCUGAUGGUAAAGCUUUUGCAGAUCCUGAAGUACUCCGGAGACUGACAUCCUCAGUUAGCUGUGCCCUGGAUGAAGCAGCUGCUGCUCUGACACGGAUGAGAGCAGAGAACACACACAGUACAGGACAAGUGGAUACUCGCAGUCUGGCAGAAGCUUGUUCAGAUGGAGAUGUGAAUGCUGUUCGUAAAUUACUAGAUGAAGGCAGAAGUGUAAAUGAACAUACUGAAGAAGGAGAAAGCCUGCUGUGUUUGGCUUGUUCAGCAGGAUAUUAUGAACUAGCACAAGUACUACUAGCUAUGCAUGCUAAUGUUGAAGAUAGAGGGAAUAAAGGAGAUAUAACUCCUCUGAUGGCAGCUUCUAGUGGAGGUUAUUUAGAUAUUGUGAAAUUAUUACUUCUUCAUGAUGCAGAUGUCAACUCCCAGUCUGCAACAGGGAACACUGCACUGACUUAUGCUUGUGCUGGAGGAUUUAUUGACAUUGUAAAAGUGCUUCUUAAUGAGGGUGCGAAUAUAGAAGACCAUAAUGAAAAUGGACACACUCCCCUAAUGGAAGCAGCCAGUGCAGGCCAUGUGGAAGUUGCCAGAGUUCUUCUAGAUCACGGUGCAGGCAUCAACACUCAUUCUAAUGAGUUUAAAGAAAGUGCUCUGACACUUGCCUGCUACAAAGGCCAUUUGGAUAUGGUUCGAUUUUUGCUUGAAGCUGGUGCAGAUCAAGAGCACAAAACCGAUGAGAUGCACACUGCCUUAAUGGAAGCUUGCAUGGAUGGACAUGUAGAGGUGGCACGUUUGCUUUUAGACAGUGGUGCUCAGGUGAAUAUGCCUGCAGAUUCCUUUGAGUCUCCAUUGACUCUAGCUGCCUGUGGUGGACAUGUUGAGUUGGCAGCAUUGCUUAUUGAAAGAGGAGCAAAUCUUGAAGAAGUUAAUGAUGAAGGAUACACACCUUUGAUGGAAGCUGCUCGAGAAGGACAUGAAGAGAUGGUGGCACUUCUGUUGGCACAAGGUGCAAAUAUAAAUGCCCAGACAGAAGAAACUCAAGAAACUGCUCUUACCUUGGCUUGCUGUGGAGGCUUUUCUGAAGUUGCAGAUUUCUUGAUUAAGGCAGGGGCUGACAUAGAACUUGGCUGUUCUACACCUCUCAUGGAGGCUUCUCAGGAGGGACACCUGGAGUUGGUUAAAUAUUUGCUGGCUGCUGGUGCUAAUGUGCAUGCUACCACAGCAACAGGAGACACAGCUCUAACCUAUGCUUGUGAAAAUGGACAUACAGAUGUUGCAGAUGUUCUACUUCAAGCAGGGGCCCAUUUAGAACAUGAAUCUGAAGGUGGAAGAACACCUUUGAUGAAAGCUGCAAGAGCAGGUCAUUUGUGCACUGUUCAGUUUCUUAUUAGCAAAGGUGCCAAUGUGAAUAGGGCUACAGCCAAUAAUGAUCACACAGUAGUGUCACUGGCAUGUGCAGGAGGCCAUUUGGCAGUGGUUGAACUACUCUUGGCUCAUGGAGCUGACCCUACUCAUCGACUCAAGGAUGGAUCAACAAUGCUUAUUGAAGCUGCAAAAGGUGGCCAUACUAAUGUUGUUUCUUAUCUGUUGGAUUAUCCAAAUAAUGUUCUGUCGGUUCCCACCACAGAUGUAUCUCAACUUACCUCUCCGUCACAAGAUGAAUCUCAGGUUCCACGAGUACCCAUACACACACUUGCCAUGGUUGUGCCUCCCCAGGAACCUGACAGAACUUCCCAGGAGACGUCUACUGCCCUUUUAGGAGUACAAAAAGGUGCAUCCAAGCAGAAGUCCAGUUCUCUGCAGGUAGCAGAUCAGGACCUACUGCCAACUUUUCACCCAUACCAGCCUUUGGAGUGCAUAGUAGAAGAAACUGAAGGCAAGCUGAAUGAACUGGGGCAAAGAAUUAGUGCGAUUGAAAAAGCACAGCUUAAGUCAUUGGAGUUAAUUCAAGGUGAGCCUCUAAACAAGGAUAAGAUAGAAGAACUUAAAAAGAACAGAGAAGAACAAGUCCAGAAGAAGAAGAAAAUACUGAAAGAACUACAGAAGGUGGAAAGGCAGUUACAGAUGAAAACACAGCAGCAAUUUACCAAAGAAUACUUGGAAACAAAAGGUCAGAGAGACACAGAGUCUCCACACCAGCAAUGUUCUAAUCGAGGAGUCUUCAUGGCAGGGGAAGAAGAUGGCAGUCUCCCACAGGAUCACUCUUCAGAAUCACCCCAGGUUGAUACAGUCUUAUUUACAGAUCAUGAUAUUGAUGAUAAGCAACAGUCUCCACCAUCGGCAGAACAAAUUGACUUUGUCCCAGUCCAGCCUCUAUCAUCUCCACAAUGUAACUUUUCCAGUGACUUAGGUUCUAAUGGGACAAAUUCUCUUGUGCUUCAGAAAGUAUCAGGUAACCAGCAGAUUAUAGGACAGCCUCAGAUUGCCAUUGCUGGACAUGAGCAGGGGCUAUUAGUUCAAGAGCCAGAUGGACUCAUGGUUGCAACUCCAGCCCAGACGCUUACCGACACUCUUGAUGACAUGAUAGCAGUUGUGAGUACCAGAGUGCCUGUUGGUUCAAACAAUCCCUCUCAGACCACAGAAUGUCCUACACCUGAAUCCUGUUGUCAGACUCCAAGCAAUAUGGUUACCCCAUCCAUUCCCCCUGUGUAUCCUUCAGUUGACAUUGAUGCACAUACGGAAAGCAAUCAUGACACAGCUUUAACACUGGCCUGUGCAGGUGGUCAUGAAGAACUCGUAUCUGUCCUCAUUGCUCGGGAUGCUAAAAUUGAGCAUAGAGACAAAAAAGGUUUUACCCCACUGAUCCUGGCAGCAACAGCAGGGCAUGUUGGAGUUGUUGAAAUCCUUUUGGAUAAAGGUGGAGAUAUAGAGGCACAAUCUGAACGAACUAAAGAUACACCACUUUCUUUGGCAUGUUCUGGUGGACGGCAAGAGGUGGUAGAUUUGCUGCUGGCCCGAGGAGCCAAUAAAGAACAUAGGAAUGUGUCUGAUUAUACACCACUGAGUCUGGCUGCAUCUGGAGGAUAUGUGAAUAUUAUUAAGAUUUUACUUAAUGCUGGGGCAGAAAUUAAUUCAAGGUAUUACCUGUUAACUUAUCAUUCAACUGGUCUUACUCCCUUGAUGGAAGCAGCUUCUGGAGGAUAUGCAGAGGUUGGAAGAGUUCUCCUUGAUAAAGGUGCAGAUGUCAAUGCACCUCCUGUACCUUCCUCAAGAGACACUGCUUUAACAAUAGCAGCAGACAAAGGCCACUACAAAUUCUGUGAGCUCCUGAUUAACAGGGGAGCACAUAUUGAUGUUCGCAACAAGAAGGGAAAUACACCACUUUGGCUGGCAUCCAAUGGUGGUCAUUUUGAUGUAGUACAAUUGCUAGUGCAAGCAGGUGCUGAUGUGGAUGCAGCAGACAACCGAAAAAUCACACCUCUUAUGUCAGCAUUUCGAAAGGGUCAUGUAAAAGUUGUUCAGUAUUUGGUGAAGGAAGUCAGUCAGUUUCCAUCUGAUAUAGAAUGCAUGAGAUACAUAGCAACAAUUACAGAUAAGGAACUGCUGAAGAAGUGUCACCAAUGUGUUGAGACAAUUGUGAAGGCUAAAGACCAGCAGGCUGCAGAAGCAAAUAAAAAUGCAAGCAUUCUCCUAAAAGAGCUGGACCUAGAAAAGUCAAGAGAAGAGAGCAGAAAGCAAGCUCUAGCGGCUAAAAGAGAGAAGAGAAAAGAAAAGAGGAAAAAGAAAAAAGAGGAACAGAAAAGGAAACAGGAAGAUGAAGAGAGCAAACCUAAAGAGAAUUCAGAACAACCAGAGGGUGAAGAUGAAGAGAAUGAUGAAGAUGUGGAGCAAGAAAUUCCCAUAGAGCCUCCGAGUGCAACCACCACUACUACAAUUGGAAUCUCUGCUACAUCUACCACGUUUACAAAUGUAUUUGGCAAAAAAAGAGCCAAUGUAGUGACAACCCCCAGCACCAAUCGGAAAAAUAAGAAGAAUAAGACAAAAGAGUCCCCUCCCACAGCACAUUUAAUUUUACCUGAGCCACAUAUAUCUUUAGCACAACAAAAAGCAGAUAAAAAUAAAAUAAAUGGAGAGCCUAGAGGUGGCGGUGCAGGUGGAAAUAGUGAUUCGGAUAACAUAGAUAGCACAGACUGCAACAGUGAAAGCAGCAGUGGGGGGAAGAGCCAAGAGUUCAGUUUCCCUGUGGAUGUGAAUCCCACCAGUGACAAGAGGUGCUCCACGGUUGUCAGUUCUCAAGAGGAAAAGGCAGUUACCACCACUUCCAAGACUCAGACACGCCUUGAUGGUGAAGUAAAUUCCAUGUCAACAAGCUACAAAUCAUUGCCAUUAAGUUCUCCAACCAUGAAACUGAAUCUCACUAGUCCUAAGAGGGGUCAAAAAAGAGAAGAAGGGUGGAAAGAAGUUGUUAGAAGGUCAAAGAAAUUAUCUGUUCCAGCCUCAGUGGUGUCCAGAAUAAUGGGAAGAGGAGGAUGCAACAUUACAGCAAUACAAGAUGUUACUGGUGCCCAUAUUGAUGUGGAUAAACAAAAAGAUAAGAAUGGAGAGAGAAUGAUUACAAUAAGGGGUGGUACAGAAUCAACAAGAUACGCAGUUCAACUUAUCAAUGCACUUAUUCAAGAUCCUGCAAAGGAACUGGAAGACUUGAUUCCUAAAAACCAUAUCAGGACACCUGCCAGCACCAAGCCCAUUCAUACAAACUUCUCAUCUGGAGUAGGCACCACAUCAACUUCCAACAAGAAUGCAUUUCCCUUGGGUGCUCCAGCUCUUGUAACAUCACAAGCAACAACAUUAUCUACUUUCCAGGCCACUAAUAAACUUAGUAAGAAUGUGGCAACAAAUGUACGAUCUCCUUUCCCAGUGUCUCUUCCCUUAGCUUAUCCUCAUCCUCAUUUUGCUCUCCUGGCUGCUCAAACUAUGCAACAGAUUCGGCAUCCUCGCUUACCUAUGGCACAAUUUGGAGGAACCUUCUCACCUUCACCUAACACCUGGGGACCAUUCCCAGUGAGACCUGUGAAUCCUGGCAAUACUAGUAGUUCUCCAAAGCAUAAUAAUACAGCCCGUCUACCUAAUCAGAAUGGGCCUGUUUUACCAUCAGAAUCUCCUGGACUAGCUACUACUGGUUGUCCUAUCACUGUUUCUUCUGUAGUUGCUGCCAGUCAGCAACUAUGUAUGACUAAUUCCCGGACUCCUUCAUCCGUCAGAAAGCAGUUGUUUGCGUGUGUGCCUAAGACCAGUCCUCCAGCAACAGUGAUUUCCUCUGUGACAAGUACUAGUAGUUCCUUGCCUUCUGUGUCUUCCACAUCUAUCACUAGUGGACAAGUUACCACCACAAUUAUGCCUGCACCUACUCAAGUACAACUUUCUUCACAAAAGGUGGAGACUUUCUCUGUCAUACCACCUCCCAAAGAGAAAGUGUCCACACAGGACCAGCCCUUAACAAACCUAUGUACACCAUCUCCAACUGCUAACAGUUGUAAUAGCUCUGCCAGCAACACCUCAGGAGCUCCAGAGACUCAUCCAUCCAGUACCCCUCCUCCUCCUCCUCCUCCUCCGAGUAAUACACAAGAGGAGGGACAGCCGACCAAGGUGUCUGAUUUAAGUCCUGUGUCAAUGCCUUUUCCCUCGAAUUCAGAAACUGCUCCAUUGACUUUGGCAUCACCCAGAUUGGUUGCUGCUGAUAAUCGGGACACUGGUAGUUUACCUCAGUUAGCUGUACCGGCACCUCGAGUUUCUCAUCGAAUGCAGCCCAGAGGUUCUUUUUAUUCAGUGGUACCAAAUGCAAGUAUGCACCAGGAUCCCCAGUCAAUUUUUGUUACCAAUCCAGUUCCUUUAACACCACCUCAAGGCCCACCAGCUGCAGUGCAGCUUUCCUCAGCUGUGAACAUUAUGAAUGGUUCUCAAAUGCAUAUAAACCCAGCAAAUAAGUCUUUGCAACCAACAUUCGGCCCAGCCACACUUUUUAAUCACUUCAGUAGUCUUUUUGAUAGUGGUCAGGUGCCAGCUAACCAAGGGUGGGGAGAUGGACCUCUGCCCUCAAGAGUUGCUGCAGAUGCCUCUUUCACUGUUCAGUCAGCUUUCCUGAGUAACUCUGUACUUGGACACUUGGAAAAUGUGCACCCUGACAACUCCAAGGCACCUGGCUUCAGACCACCAUCACAGAGAGUUUCUACUAGUCCAGUUGGCUUGCCAUCUAUUGACCCAUCAGGCAACUCCCCAUCUGCUGCUGCUCCUCUGACAAGUUUCUCUGGCAUACCAGGGACAAGGGUUUUCCUGCAAGGGCCAGCACCUGUCGGCACUCCUAGUUUCAACAGACAACAUUUUUCUCCCCAUCCUUGGACAAGCGCCUCAAACACAUGUGACUCUCCUAUUCCAUCUGUUUCUUCGGGAUCAUCUUCACCUCUUUCAGCCACUUCAGCACCUCCGACAUUGGGCCAACAACCAAAAGGAAACAGUGCCAGUCAGGAUCGAAAGAUACCUCCUCCCAUUGGAACAGAGAGGCUGGCCAGAAUUCGUCAAGGAGGAUCUGUUGCACAAGCACCUGUAGGGACCAGUUUUGUUGCUCCUGUUGGACACAGUGGGAUCUGGUCAUUUGGUGUCAAUGCUAUGUCAGAAGGCUUAUCAGGUUGGUCACAAUCUGUUAUAGGAAACCAUCCAAUGCAUCAACAGUUAUCAGACCCAAGCACAUUCUCCCAGCAUCAACCAAUGGAGAGAGAUGAUUCAGGAAUGGUAGCUCCCACUAACAUUUUUCACCAGCCAAUGGGCCUGCCGAUUUCCAUGUAUGGAGGCACCAUUAUACCCUCUCAUCCUCAGCUUGCUGAUGUUCCAGGGGGCCCACUGUUCAAUGGACUUCAUAACCCAGAUCCUGCUUGGAAUCCUAUGAUAAAAGUUAUCCAGAAUUCAGCUGAAUGCACCGAAGCCCAGCAGGCCAGUGUGCUUUCUUCAGUCCCUGCUCUCAAGGGAGAAAUUCCAUCACCUCAGCUAACCAGACCAAAGAAGAGAGUAGGACAGCCAAUGGUGGCCUCUUCUAACCAGAGGCACCAGGAUCAUCUACGACAGAAAGUUCCUGCUGGAGUGCAAGAACUCACCCAUUGCCCGGACACCUCCCUGCUGCCUCCCUCAGAUUCCCGGGGUCACAACUCUCCCAACAGUACCACCCUCCAAGCUGGAGUUGCUGAAGGAACAGAAGCAGACAGAGGAAGAGAUAACCGAUGACGAACAGUUUGAAAUGGACAUGUAAUCUAGUGCAAAAACCUGUAUGGAGUAAUGGAAGGGGCUCUCAUCCUGCUAUUGCCAUCACCUCCUCCUGGGUAUCCAAGGGCCAGCUGGCCUCAUCUAAUCUGGAAAAGAGUGACUUGUUGGUUCUGGGCUUCCUUUAGUUGAGGCAGCUAGACCAGGGGUAGCAGUGGGCAACCUGCCAAGCCUUUGGCUUUCUCUGGUCUAUACAUACUCCUCCCAAGCCUCUCCCCUCAGGGCUGGCACUGGGGAACAGAGUAUGUCACCUUCUGGCUGCUUAGUAAACUUUCAAAAAA